AUGGGUCUGAAGGGAAGCUGUAUGUGCAAGGCGAUCAAGUACGAGAGUACUGUAGAGGACCCUCAAGUCACCGCCCUGUGCCACUGCACAGAUUGCCAAAAGUGGAGCGGCUCAGCCUUCACCUCCAACGCCGUCGUCCCUCGUACAUCUUUCAAGGUCACCCAAGGUGAGCCCAAAUUCUACGACAUCACUGGCGACUCGGGCAAGAACAACAGACACUUCUUCUGCUCCAACUGCGGGUCUAGCUUGUAUACCGAGCUGGACUUGAUGGCCGACGUCACGUGCAUCAAGGCUGGUGGGCUUGACGAGGGAAAGGCGAGCUUGGAGGGGAAGCCUGCUGUUGAGUUCUACUGCAAAGAUCGGCUUUCGUACUUGGUCGACGUUAAGGGUGCUGAUCAGAAGCCAGCUUUCAGUUGA